AUGGGUGAUCGUAACGUGGAGAAAUUAGUACGGAAAUAUAUUGAUAAACGGGAUGACAAACUUGUCGAUAUUGUGGAGCGAUGUUUGCGAAAAGGUUAUGACUAUGAAAAGAUGAGGGAUCGUGUCAGUGAUCAUGUCCGAGAUUCAACCGCACGGAAGCGUUUAAUCGAUGCACUUUCUGAUGCAUUUCCACAGUUUGCCCGAAGACGGAAACACCGGUUCGAGGAAACGAAAGAUGCUAAAGAAGACGGGUCACUAAAAAAAUUUAAACCUAGAGAACGAUCAGAUUCUAAUCCAACACGAACUACCCCAGCCAUCGCUAAACCGAUAUUGUCGGGUGUUUCUCUUACCAAGGCAGAGCCACAGCAAUCAGAUGAAGUUACGGAAGAAGAGCUCAAAAGUAAGGAAUUAAUGUAUCAAGCUCAAAUGGCAAUUGAGGAGCGAAAGCGGCAGUUGAAUCUAACAGCAAGACCUGGCAUCGUAGCGCAAGCUGUAAUUUCGAAGGCAUCAAAAUUGAAUACGAAGGAAGCUAGCAUGUUUAUGAAUUACUCGAUGGAAAAAAUCAAUAGGGUCAAAGAACUGAAAGAAAAAUUAGCACAACGAACGGCAACAGUUGCACAACUUAUCGGAAAGGAUGUAGGCACUGGAGCACUUUCAAAAGCAAAACCAGUCGAUGAACCGGAACAGAGAGUUGUCGAGUAUUUAGAUCCACGUAUCAAUUUAAAAUCUGCUCAGCGGAAACAGCGUGCAAUUGUUUUCCAUGAUAAAGGCGAAUUUGAGAAAUUAGCACAACGUGAGCGAGCCAAAGCUCGUUUAACAAUUUUGCAAGCUGAAAUCACUCAAAUAGCCAAGAAGACAGGGAUGUCAUCUUCAGUAAAACUGGCUAUGCUAACUCCAUCAUCAUCUGCGGUGAGUGAUGUUCCGGUCGUAGAAUGGUGGGACGAAGUUGUAUUAGGUGGUGGUUAUGACAUGAUACCUGAUGAAAACAUUGAUUCCGACGGUAAGUAUGUGAAAACAAUCACAAACCUGGUGGAACAUCCUAUCCAACUCAAACCUCCUGAUGAGCCUCUUCAACCGCAGUAUCUGAAGGUUUACUUGACAAGUCGAGAACGGAAAAAAAUCCGACGACAGAACAGAAAAGAAGCACAAAAGGAACAGACGGAGAAAAUAAGGUUAGGUUUAAUCAAAGCUCCAGAACCGAAAGUUAAAUUAUCAAAUUUGAUGAGGGUGCUAGGUUCGGAUGCUGUUCAGGAUCCGACUAAAGUUGAAGCUCAUGUGCGUAAACAAAUGGCUGACAGACAGCGUAAGCAUGAAGCGGCAAAUCAACAAAGAAAGCUCACUAAAGAGCAACGAUCGGAAAAGAAAAUCCGAAAAAUCAAGGAAGACACUUCGUUGGCAGUUUAUAUGACAGUUUAUAAGAUUAAAUCUUUGGCUCACCCUGCGAAGAAGUUUAAAGUUGAGAUGAAUGCCAAACAACUACACAUGACUGGUUUGAUUCUGCUGCACAGUAAUAUCAAUCUUGUAAUUGUUGAAGGCGGACCAAAACAACAGAAAGCAUUCAAGAAUUUGAUGUUGAAUCGGAUCAAGUGGGGGGAUGAAAUCAUUGGCCAAAAAAAAGAAGCAGAAAACAAAGAUACGCCUGGUGAAAGAAAUGAUUGUUCUCUGAUUUGGGAAGGUAUUCAGAAACGGCGAAAUUUUGGUGAAAUGAGAUGUAUGGUUGCAACAUUAGAGAAGCAAGCAAGAGAAAUUUUGGAAAAACAUGGAGUGGCACACUUCUGGGAUCUCGCUUACAGUACUUCAAUUUUGGCUGAUGAAACCAGCGCUUAG